AUGUCUAGUUGUCAAUCAACCGGUGCUACAUCUACAACACUUGCUCCUGUAAGAUCAGAAGAUCCAGCAUGGGCCCAUGCACGUGCAGUGCCAGGGGCAAGAAAUAAUACUGAAUGUUUAUACUGUAAUAAAGUAAUUAAAGGUGGCGGGAUCACUCGAUUGAAGUAUCAUCUAGCUGGGAUUCCAGGCAAUGUAGAGGCAUGUAAAAAGGUCUCUGAAGAUGUAAAAUGGCAAAUGAAGGACUUGCUUGAUGAAAUUAAAAGAAGCAAAGAGAAGAAAAGAAAAAUAAGCUCAGAGAUUGGAGGUGAUAUAGAUUUAACAUCUGAUGAUAUUGAUGAUAGUAAUAGUAUGGAAGGACAAUCUCAGCUUUCAAAAGGUAAGGGGAAGUCAGGAGAAUCUGGAACUGGAAAGUCAGUGGGGGGAUUAAGUAGAUUUUUUGCUCCAAGAACAACUCCUGGGGCCCAACCUUCAAUUAAGAGUUCUAUGUGUUCGAAUGAGAUGCUUGUACAAGCAAAGAUGGCUGUAGCACGCUGGUGGUAUGAUUCUAAUCUGCCUUUCAAUGCGGCUCAAUCCAAGUUUUAUCAACCAGCUAUCGAUGCCAUGACUGCUAUCGGGCCAGGAUUUAAGGGCCCUUCUUUAUAUGAGUUGAGAGGAAAUUUGUUAAAGAUGACAGUGAAUGAGGUUCAAGAUUAUUUGCAACAAAUUAAGAAGGUUUGGAAUGACACCGGUUGUACACUAAUGGCAGAUGGUUGGACAAAUCAGAAGCAACAAUCAAUAAUCAACUUUUUAGUUUAUUGUCCAAAAGGUACAAUGUUCUUGAAGUCUGUUGAUACAUCUGACCUUAGAAAAGAUGCUGAAACAUUGUUUAAUAUGUUUGAUGAGGUUGUUCAAGAAAUUGGAGCUGAGAAUCUUGUGCAGUUCAUAACGGACAAUGAUGCAAGUUAUAAAGCUGCAGGAAAAAAGUUACAGCAGAAGUAUGGCUCUUUCUACUGGUCCCCUUGUGCAGCUCAUUGCAUAGACUUGAUGUUGGAGAAUUUUUCUGAUCCAAGAUAUUUUCCCCUUAUUGAUGAUACUAUAAAAAAGGCAAAAAAGAUAACAAAGUUCAUCUAUAACCAUGGUUGGGUUUUGGCAUUGAUGAGACAAGAGUUCACCAAAGGUCAUGAUUUGUGUCGUCCUGCAAUUACAAGGUUUGCGACAAAUUUUUUAAGUAUCCAAUGCUUGCUCUUGUUUAAGAAAGAACUGAGACAAAUGUUUACUUGUGAUAAAUGGAUUGCAUCAAGCCAUUUUAAAAGUAUCAUAGGGAAAGAGAUAGCUGGGAUUGUUUUAGAAGAUAAAGAGUUUUGGGCUCAAUGUCAAUUUAUUGUUAAAAUUAGUGAGCCUUUGGUUCGUGUUCUACGACUUGUUGACGGGGAUGAGAAGCCUGCAAUGGGAUACUUGUAUGAUGCAAUGGAAAGAGCCAAAGAGAAUAUAAAAGCAAGAUGUAAUAACAAAGUUAGUAUAUUCAGUCCAUUCACCAGGAUCAUUGAUUCUAGAUGGGAUAAGCAGCUUCACAGUCCAUUACAUGCGGCGAGUUGUCUUCUUAACCCUGGAAUUUUCUAUAGCCCCAGCUUUAAAAAAAAAAUGAUGUUAUAA